CAUACUCAAAAUGGCAGCGCCCUUGAGCUUUAUUUUUAGUAUGCUUACAUUAUAAUUUAGCACGUAGACUUCUGAUUUAGAAACUUAGCACAGCUUAUCGCUUAUGCAACAAAAUGUUUUCUGUGUUAUCGAGGUUUGCACCAGGUGGUGCAACACAUAUCCCGAGAAUUUCUGAACUGUUUAGUUCUAUCUCCAAAACACUGCUACCAUCAGCCUCAGCCCCCACCAUAUGCAAGCCUGAUUCCACCACAUCAGCUAUCAACACCACGGUCCCAGCACGCCAUAAAUGCUUUGCGCAUCACUUUCUGAACAGGUGGAUGUACCGUGAUUACAAGAGACGACUUAUGGUUACGGAGAACUUCCCAGUCAGACAGAGGUUAAUUGCAAUCAAGAGAUGUUCCGUCCUACCCAAAGAGAUACAGGAAGAAGCAUCUCACGAACUUCAUACUAUGCCACCAGAUGUGAACCCAACACGUGUAGUGAAUCGCUGUAUACUAACAUCUCGGCCACGCUGGGUUAUUUAUAGGUACAGGUUGAGUAGGAUUCAGUUGAGGAACUUGGCUGAUUACAACAAAUUGAGUGGUUUUACACGUGCAAGAUGGUAGAACAUCACAACCUGGCUAUCUCUGAUUUUUGAAAAUGUUAUUACAUUAAUAAUAAACUAUUAUUUUCAUAUUUAAAAUUCUAUUUGGUUUUAUUCUUUUAAAACGAUUUUUAAAAAUUCUUUAAAUAUCUGAAAUUAAAUCAAGUAUUCAGCGACUUUAAGUUUCAUAAUGGUAAGAAGCUCUUUAAAGUACUUUUAAUUAAAGGACUAAUUAAUUGAAAGUACCAAUGUUAUUAAAUUUUAUUGCUUUAUGCUAUUGUUUAUUAUGAAACUUUGUUACCAUGAAA